AUGUCGUCUACUUCCAUCGACCAAGAACUUGCAUUAUGGGCGGCGGAGUCAUUGCUGGAGGAGUAUGCGAUGGUCGCCGCGUCGGCUCUAGUAUACUAUGACUACCUGUCAAACCUUUCACUAGAGAUAGAUCUAAUCUGGACUAAGAAGCUCUCGUGGGCCACUGUCGUAUAUGCUAUUUGUGAAGCUGAGAAGCUAGGUUCUAUAACGCAGUUACGCUAUCUUGGACUUGCGAUUCCUGCCAAGAAAAUUGUUGACAUCGCCCUAGUUUUCAACCACACCACCAUGCCACCAUCCGGUAGACUGCCUCUCUACAUGGGUAGCACUUCAAAUAUGCGUUACAGGCAAUAUGUUUCUUCUGCAAGGAAUGAUGACCCUACGAGCAUGACUAAUGAAUUCGCUGGUAUCGGCUUACCAGGGCUGUACUUUUGUGACAUCGGUUUCCCGCCGUCCCUUGGUUGGAUAAACCCAGCAAGCAGUUCGGUGCUGAUUGUAUACGAAGGCGUGCUUUGCGGACUUGUCCUGUGGUACGCUUCGAGGCACCUUUGGGAGGCCUUUUGUCGUAGCCCAGGCCGAGCAGCCAACACACUGGCGUCCGUCAUCCUGCGCGACAACCUCAUCUACUUCUUCCUGGCUCUGCUAUCCAUGUUUCUGAGCGCCCUGAACCAAGUUCCGAGCAUAACGGUCUCACUCGCGUAUAACUGCCUUGACGACAUAUUCCAGACUUUUCUGUUCAGUAUGGUUGGUCCAUGGAUGGUCAUUUCUCUUAGGAAGAGUUACGAACGGAGCCUCUCUGAAGGGGAUUCUCAAGCGUACGAGCUAAGUACUGUUGCGUUUACGUCUGCCAUACGCCAACCAGAGCACGGGUUUGCAUCGGUACAGGAUGGGAAAUGUGCGGUUAUUGAUAAAUUGUAA